AUGCGUCCAGGGACAUAUGAGCUCAGGGAGGACGUUCAUCUUGCUACGCCGCCGCCGCACCCUUCGGAACCACCGUUAAUAAAUCCAAACCCUUUAGCUACCGGAAUUACUCCACCAACUGUUGGUGUGAAGCUUUCUCUUGCUAUUCUGAAACCCAGUGGUGCUCAACUCUACAAAACCAACACUCGAACAAGCAUAACAUCAGACCUACGAAGCGUUAAUGAGAGUGAUAGUGCUGGUCGCUCAUCAAGUGAACCCCAUGUAAACGCAUCUUCUCAGGCUCCACCGUUCGGUGAGGGCAGCCUUGCCCUCGCUAACAGUGGAGGCAAAGACACAACUGGAUCAAAGAGAAGGAAGCCAAAGAACAGUAUUCAAAAGAGCGGGUCAUCGUUCAUUUCUCGGGUCAUACUCCAAGAUGCAAUGCUAAAGAAGGUCGCCGAAAGGACCCAUGAUAGCCCCUUCGUGUUCGCCAACCUCAACCGAUCCUUUCAAUGGCUAGACUAUUCCGUUCCCAACAAGCAGGAAUUCCUUACAAAGAUCCUUUUCACCAAGGCGCAUAUUCUUAGUCAUGAUGUGAACCAGAUAACUAAAAGUAUGAAUCAUCUGGAUCUAGCCAUGGGAUCUUCGGCAGGAGAUAUUAUAUGGUACGAGCCCUUCUCACAAAAGUACUCCCGGAUCAACAAAAACGGUGCUAUCAGGAAUUCACCGGUAAACCACAUUAAAUGGAUUCCGGGGUCUGAGAAUCUAUUUUUAGCUGCACACUCGGACGGGUGCUUGGUAGUAUAUGACAAGGAGAAGGAUGAUUCACCGUUCACACCCGAGGAGUCGGAUAAUACUACACUGUCUUCUGGCGAAGGAAGCCAAAGCAAUACCCAUCCAUCUUUGUUCAAAAUUUUGAAAUCGGUCAACUCCAAGAAUCAGCGCACCAACCCGGUUGCGGUUUGGAAAUUAUCCAACCAAAAGAUUAACAAUUUUGCAUUUUCUCCAGAUCACCGCCAUUUGGCUGUGGUUUUGGAAGAUGGAACGCUAAGGAUUAUUGACUAUUUGAAAGAAAAGUACGCUAUUGCUUUUACACUUCUUACAUAUGCAGUUGCUAACGGGCUUAUUCAGGCUACUUGA